AUGCUUGGCUUGGUUGUUGUCCACGCCGACGUGGACGUGGACAAGUCCUUCGGACUGCGCUGCGGAGUUUUUAGGUGGAGUAGAGGGCGUGCAAACUGGCCCAACCCUUUACACCCGAAGUUCAUCUGUCAUGACUUAGCAAGCUGGGACGAUGGCAGCGAAAUCGAAGGGUCGUAGGUUUUACAUCAGUUUCUCUCUCCCAGGCAGGUAGCCGAUCAAGACUGACGAGCCUGCCCUGCCCAAAGCAGCCGGGUUAUACUGCGCCAGGCACCCGCAGUCGUCCUCUUCUUUUGGUUCAAAUCCAGGAGGCACUACGUGGAAGUUGGAGUAGGACUUGAGGUCUGCGUCACUCUAGUGGAUGUUUUAGGUCCAGUGUGGAUUUUCACCCAUACCAGCAUCCAGUGACUAUGUUGACCCCCAUUUACCCCCCAUGACGAGUGCUUUAAACUAGUUCUAUUUAACUUCACGGUCUUACUCAGUGUGUAAUAUUUGCACAGUGUAUUAACACUCUCCGAUGAAAAAAAUGGAAAAUUUGCUUGCUACUAAGCGGAUUUUUAUGCCAUCUUUACGAAUUGUGACUUCGGAUAUUUCUGCUAUAAUUUUGUGCAACGCUUUAAGAAAGUUGGUGUGAUAGAACCCUGCCGUUGUGGUAUAAACAAUUUGUCUGUCAUUUCACCCACCUCCUCCUCUGUUUCCCAACCUCUUUCAAUAAACCCUUACGUCAAUAACUGGUCCCGAGCUAGGUAUCCUGAGUAUCAGGCUUUCCUAAGAAACACCUGAUACUCAGGCUAGAGCUAGGAAACAGUUUAUGUACGUUGUUUCCCUCGAAUCUUAAAAGUGACGUUGCACGGGACGAUUUGCAAGAACGACUUUUACUGCAACACAGCAUCACAACAGUUGUUGCAACAUUAUUUGGAAUUGUUGCAACAUUGUUCCAACAUUGCUAUGAUGUAUUGCGCUCAAAAUCGACGUUGCGAAUCGUAUCGUGUAACAUCACCUUUAAUGUUUCUCGACGCGGAGAUUCUCGGGAAACAAAAUUAACUGUUUCCCAAGAAAACAUAGAUUUUGCAAUGUUGCCUGCUCAGAGAUUUUGGCGGGAAACAGUUUCAUUGUUAGAUGUCAUGUGACCCCGAAGUAACCAACGUGAGCGCGCUCUGUUGGGAAAAAAACUUCCAGCUAUAUAAAAGUGGGUGUUGUUGACAAGUUCCUAAUUUGUUUUGGCGUAAUUUUUUGCCCUUACCUUCACUGGGCUAAUCUGUUUUUCAGUCUCUGAAGUUUUGAGACUUGAAUGAAGGCAGCUUUGGGCCUUUGCCUUUAGCCAUUUUUUCUUGAUCUUUUUUAAUAUAAGGCCCAGUUAACGAGCUCAGGCAAUGCAUCUCAGUCAUGUCAGUAUAUGAAUAGUUUAUAUGUUCAGGUGGACUUUUUUCUAUAUUUCCCUAAAAGGCUUUUAUUACCGAAAAAACAAAAAACUUUUUGCACCCGAUUCACUGCAAAAUACUGGGAAAUUAUAGAAAACGUUCAUUUUGAAGAACAGCACAGUUAACAAUCAUAAACUGUCGUUCAGUAAGCCCUGGGCUUAUACAACUUCGUAAGGGGUUUUAGGAGGUCCUAUAUUUAAAGGGGGCGGGGGGGGGGGGGCACACAAAAAAAUACAAAUCAUGGCCUACAAAUAUUAAAAACUAGGAAAGAGAAAUAAAAGAAGGAACGAUUAUUUAUUCGAUUAGGCGCCCCAGUCACUUACUAAAUUUCUGGACCUUAUGCAUGGGCGAAUGUUUGAGGCGGUUGCUUACCACCCGACAAGAUGGCUUUUAACUUCAAAUUUAAAUUUCUGGACCUUAUGCAUGGGCGAAUGUUUGAGGCGGUUGCUUACCACCCGACAAGAUGGCUUUCAACCGGGCCGUCAUGAUAAGAGGGUCUUAAUGGGGUGGUGUCCUUUACGGUUAUCGGCUAACAUGACGAGAUUCCUGCGACUUUGAAAUUCAGCACAGGGAGGAAGUUUCAAUUUCCGGUGUCCUUGUAAAAUCCUAAUUAGGAUUCAAUUAAUAGCCACUAAUCUGUCAUGACUUGUGUACUUUGCGUCACUGGUGGAAGACAGAUAUUAUUUGUAUCACAAUGCGAUCUCGCGCGAAUUUCAAAGCCGGCAUGAAAGUGGCGCGUUCGUCGGGAUAAACAUCUUCAGUUUUUGGACCCUCGCUUGCCAAACAAAGGUAAUCUCGUACGCAGUAUCAGUGACCAAAUGGUUUUACCGACAGAUAUAAUUCAUGGCAAGUCAACAUUUUAUGCUUUUUAUGUAGAAAUGAUGUUUGGAAGUAGCAGGGCCGAUUAUUAUAGUUAUUUAUGAUUUGGUCGAUAGUACAGAUAGUACUGGCGCUCGAGUCAACCCAUCCAGGUUUGGUUUUUCAAAGAGGAAAGAUCAUGUUGUCGUUUCAACCUUAGCACGAGCCUUAGACUUGCGCCGAUGAAAUGCAGACGAAAGCGGGUUUAAAGCGAUCAAACACGGACUAAAUUCCUUCCAGCUACUUGAAAAUAUAGCAGGAAGCGGUCAGAGAAAGCGUUUCGUCGUGCGGAGAAGAUCUGGAAAAGGUACUUGGUCGUGGAUUACUGAAUUGGGGAAAUUAAAAUGAGGGAUUCAUUCGAGAAGCAAUAUCGUAUGAUUUCCUGACGGUGGCAGAUGACCGUCAAGUCAGAAACUCGGGCAUUCACGCCCGUCGUUGUUGAUUAUGUAAGCUUUAAUGAUUUUUAUUAAGGGUCGCUGACUGGAUUUAGCCCGAACGGUGAUGCUCUUCAGCCCUUUUCAAUUUUCCAAACAUGGGCCGAAACUUGGUAAGUCUAUUUUGGGUUCCUUUGUAUCAUCUUCAAAUGGAUACCUACUAUCAUUUUAGCGCAAAAACGUUUUAAGGUCGACACGGAUCACUCGAUCAUUUCAUAAAUGCUCAAUAAUUACUAAUGAUGUGAAAGUGUAAUGUUCAUGGAGAAUUUUGAUGGAGAUCACUAUUUCUUAAGCCUGAUCGCAAACGGUUCAGUUCAGUCUGAGUUCAGUUUUCAAGUGUGGAUCGUAGUGGAUAUUUUCAAUUUUAUCGAAUCCCUUUUAAGAAAACAGGAAAAUUUAUUUUGCCAAAGCCAGUGGCUAACAACGGUCAGUAAAAGUGAGUGAAAUUUCAUAAACCAAAAAUUGAUUUACAGAUUAAAGCUUUAUUUAAUUUUGCACUGAUUAGAUCUGUGAAGAUGAUAGUGCAUGUCCCGCAUUAAGUAAAACAGUUUGGCCUUGCUGAUGCAACAGAGCAGCUUAGCCUUUUUAGGCUGUGGCUCUGUGAGAAUUUUAUUCUCCGGGUGUCUCAGAGGGAACUAAAAACGCACUUUUAGAUAUUGUUUGAAUCUCUGUCCAGCAUUAAGAAAAAAAGUUUGGCCUUCCAGAUUCAACAGAGCAGCUUAUCCUUUUUAGGCUGUGGCUCUGUGAGAAUUUUAUUCUCCUGGUGUCUCAGAGGGAACUAAAAACGCGCUUUUCAGAUAUUUUUUUAAUCCCCGUCUAGCAUUAACUAAAACAGUUUGGCCUUCCUGAUUCAACAGAGCAGCUUAGCCUUUUUAGGCUGUGGCUCUGUGAGAAUUUUAUUCUCCAGGUGUCUCAGAGGGAACUAAAAACGCACUUUUAGAUAUUGUUUGAAUCUCUGUCCAGCAUUAAGAAAAAAAGGUUGGCCUUCCUGAUUCAACAGAGCAGCUUAGCCUUUUUAGGCUGUGGCUCUGUGAGAAUUUUAUUCUCCGGGUGUCUCAGAGGGAACUAAAAACUCGCUUUUAGAUAUUGUUUGAAUCUCUGUCCAGCAUUAAGAAAAAAAGUUUGGCCUUCCUGAUUCAACACAGCAGCUUAGCCUUUUUUGGCUGUGGCCCUGUGAGAAUUUUAUUCGCCAGGUAUCUGAGAGGGAAGCUUUAUUUUUUAAACUUUAUUGAAAUAUUGCAAAAUUAGUGUUUCGCUUACGUUUGUAUUUAACCCCAUCCAGAUCCAGUGAGGCCUUUAAAACAGCGCGUCAAUUUUAAAAGUUUUUUCAUAACAGGGAAGUUUCCGUUUAGCGCUUAGUAUUAGUUCUGGCCUUGAAUGAAGAUUCCAUUAAAAAGCCUUGCGCUCAGACAUAAAAUUAGGGAGAUCUUGAGAGCAUUAAUUAAAAUAUAUGAAAUGCGGAUGAAGGUAUGAAAGUGAACAUGAUCAUCGCAAUAAAUUCGCAGCUUAUUCGGUUGAAAAAUAAUCUGAAAAAUUUUACAGCGUUAUCGCAGAAAGUUAGACGUUAUAUCAUUCAUUGUUGGGGAAAAUACUCCGCGGCUUUAAAUUAAUAAUUUCCACGAUGUUUUAAUUCCGGUAGUGUAGUAACCUUUUCGUUAAGGUAGCUUCUAAAACGCACUCGAGAAAACCGCACAGUCUCUGUGAACUCCUUUAACUUGCGAGAGAGGCAAAAAGAAAAUAGAGUGACAUUAGCUGUGGUCACACUACAGACUUAUACCUAGGUAAAACCGAUUUACCUAGGGCAAAUUCAUCAAAAAUCUGCCUAGGUAAAUUCAUCUCGGGUUUUGUUUUACCUAGGUAAAAAUUCUGGGAAGGUCACACUACCAGUGCACUACUAAUAUCGGCUCCCAAAGUUUUCACGCCAGUUGAAUUUUUUGGAGCGUAAAUUCAAGAAGGCAAAAUGCGCAGGGAUCUAGUUGAUCAAAGAGACGUUUUUUUCUUUUAUCUCGCUGUUAUUUCUUACGCUAUUACGCUAAUUCAACGUGCAAGGUGAAGAAAGGCGAAGACGUAGACGAUUCGUGCUCCCAAAGGUUCUUUCACAGCGUGAUCUAUGUCCGGUUCUGUCAUCAAGACCUUCGCCGAUCAGCGUCUAUUGGCUAGCAAACUCGGUAUUUCAGUUUUCCCUAGCUAUUGCUUUGGGGUAGCUGUCAAGGGAAACUCUAUUGUUUUCGAGACAUAUCCAAGACCCAGACGAUAAAAUUUCUCCGAGGUAAGUUACCUAGGGAAAAAUCGGUCACACUUAAAAAAUCAAGUUUCCCUGGGUAAACUGUCAACAAGUCGUGUUUACCUAGGUAAAAAGUCUGCAGUGUGACCACAGCAAUAACUUUCAAACCAUUACGGGUUACCUUAGGCCGCGGUUUCAGAAAUCAUUGGACCUCCAGGCCUCUUUCUUGGUGGGUUAGUUUAAGAAAAUAAGUGCUUUAGUUUUCCAGUCUGCCUUAUAUGCUUUAUUGUAAUUAUUCACGAUAAAUGGGGUUUAAUAAAAGCGUUGACUUAAAAACUGAAAAUUGCCUGCGUGCAGACGUCUCCAAUUUCCUUUGUUUUUUCCUUUGUUUUCCGCGUGCAACAAAGGAAAUAGGAGACGUCUGCACGCAGGCAAACUGAAAAGGGCUUAAUUAUAAUGCGAUUUUGUAAUAUGCCGGCUAAAUAACUGGCCCUUAGUGUUUAAUAAAUACAAGUAAACAAAAUAUACAAUGGAAAAUUCCCCAGCAAGAAGUGCUUAAAAUCACUCUUCUCGAAGUACAAUAAAUUUUAAGAGAAGCCACUACAGCGGCAAAUGCAUUCCGGUUCAGCAGAAAGACUUCCAAUGCGGCUAAUUUGUAGUUGAGUUCUUUGUUGAACCGAAAUCUUGUUGACGUACAGGAAUUCAGUUGAUAUGAGAAUUUGUCACCUCAAAGCAAAUGAGCCGUAAAAAGUGGAUUACUUCUACAGAGCUCCCCUGCUGAUGUUCGCCUAUUGAAUAGGCGAACAUCAGCAGGGGUCUACGAUUUCAGAUCUCUAUGAAUCUCGUCAUGUUUUGGCUCUUUUACGGCUAUCGCUUAAUUUUUUUCAGUUACGGUUAACGAAAAAGUUAAAAAUUAACUUCUUUUGUUUCAAAAAAUUAAAUGUUAAUUAACCUGCAUUUUUUUGAAUCAAGGUCUUCGGAUCAUCUCGGGAUGAAAUAAGCUAUUCUUUUGAAAAAUUUUAACAUUUGAUAGAUCAUACUUUUUAUAAAGUAUUCCACUUCUAAUAUUACUUUACACUUAGAAAUGUCAACAGUCAAUUUAAAAAUAAUCUUUGUGAAAAAGCAAAAGCAGACACGCGAACGCCCAACUCAAGGCCGGGGCGCGACAUUCAUUAUAACAGCAAUGGCCGUUUUCACUCUAGAGGAGGAUUAUUCGUGUGAGAUGGGUUAUCCGUUUGAUGAUUCGCGUCAGAUAGGUAAUACGUCUUAAUUUGAAAAUUUUGAAUGAACAAUCCGCCUGACUUUUGAAGACGGGAUUAUCCGUUCCAGAUAGCCUGUGUACAGCCGCCCCCUCCACUCAGAAAAUUUCGGAGAAGGGGUGUCUGUGGGGAGGACGCGACUGUACACAGGCUAGUCUCAGACCGAUGAUCCAUUUCUAGCGCUAGUGUGAAAACGGCCAAUGACAAAAUUCCCGUGUCCAGUGUUUUUAAUGAUAGUGAAGGACUGUACGGAACGACUGUCUGCCGUUGCCUUGUCCGUAGGCCGCAUUAUUCCGUGCAGCUAAUGCUUUUCGGGUCACGUGGUCCGAGCGAGUUCGCCACCGAAAUGCCUUGACCGAGAUUGCGUGGGAAGACGCCGUACAGGGACUAGCCAUGGCAAUGUCUACCGUAGCGUCAGAGAAAAACAGGGAAAUGCUGUUUAUCGGCUACGUGUUUUACAAACAGUGA